ACAAUUUGACAUGCCCAUGGACAAGAAGGCGACCAUGAAAAAGAAGGCUGCGGGCGGAAGCGGAUGUAGCCACAUCAGCGCGCCAAAAGCUGCCGCGUCCAAUUGUAGGAGCAGCAACAGCGGCAAUUGUGUUGACUCUGUCCCCGCUGCUGCUGCCAGUCAGAGCGCCCCAAGUGUGAAGCAGCUCGUCCUGGCCUGCAACGCAGUCAUGGACGAGGCGGAGGAUGGUGAGGAGGAGUCCAAGUUUCAGCAUCCGCGGCUGCGCCGAGCCGGGGGGAGCAGCAGUAGCGGUGGUGGUGGAGGCGGAGGAGGUAGCAUCAGAAUGAAGAACUUUACGCCAGUAGGGGGAGCCGUGGCCACGGCUACCAGAAAUAACUCUACAAACAACGAGCCCAGCCUAUUGCAAGCGGAGAACGCGCCUGCUGCCACUGAGCCCACUGUAGCAUCCAAAGCGAUUGAUACCACAACGUGUCUGGGAGAUAAUGCCGGGCGCGGCGAGACCAACAGGGUGGCAGGGGCGGAGACGUCUGGAGCCGCCGUCACACUAGAGGUUUUAAAUGCGGCAGCAGGUGAUGGUUGCAACAGCACCGCUCCAAUUUCAAGAAUGAAAUGCAACAAAAACGGAGAAUGCAGGAGGGACUCCGGGACCGGGAGCCUGCGCUCGAUCAUCUCCAACAAGACUGCCGGGGCGGGGAGGGCCGAAGACGGAGGGACCCUUAGGCGUGGUGCCUGUAACUCAGCCAGGGCCAGCAUGGAUGGCUCCAUGACAAUCUCCACCACGCAGGGCCACGGGGAAGUGGGCGCAAACCCCGGCAUCACCCCGGUUUCCACCGGCGUCCCCGAGAAAAAAGACUCCAGGGUGUCCUUCUCCAACGCGCCGAGCAGGAAAGCCUCCUCAUCGCUGCUCGGCUCGACCCAGACCCAGACGACCCAGCAGCCCAGGAAUUCUGUCACCUUCCAGAAGCCCGAGGAGGGACCCCAGAUCCAGACCGAGGAUGCCGAGCCCGGCGGAAGCACCUUCAUGCAGCGACAAUUCAGUGCCAUGCUGCAACCUGGAGUUAACAAAUUCUCCUUACGUAUGUAUGGGAGUCAAAAGGCAGUGGAGAGGGAGCAAGAGCGGGUUAAAUCAGCGGGCAAUUGGAUUAUCCACCCCUACAGUGAUUUCAGGUUCUACUGGGAUUUCACAAUGCUUCUCUUCAUGGUGGGUAACCUGAUCAUCAUCCCGGUGGGCAUCACCUUCUUCAACGACGGGACAACCACCCCUUGGAUCAUCUUUAACGUCAUCUCAGACACCUUCUUCCUCAUGGACCUGGUCCUCAACUUCCGCACAGGCAUCAUCAUCGAGGACAACUCCGACAUCAUCCUGGACCCCAAAACCAUCAAGAAGACGUACCUGAAGACAUGGUUCAUCGUGGACUUUGUCUCCUCAAUCCCCGUGGAUUAUAUCUUCCUGAUCGUGGAGAAGGGGAUCGACUCUGAGAUGUAUAAGACGGCCAGGGCCCUGAGGAUCGUACGAUUCACUAAGAUCCUUAGCCUACUGAGGCUCCUGAGGUUGUCCCGGCUCAUCCGCUACAUCCACCAGUGGGAAGAGAUCUUCCAUAUGACCUAUGACCUGGCCAGUGCGGUGAUGCGUAUCUUCAACCUGAUUGGUAUGAUGCUGCUGCUGUGUCACUGGGAUGGCUGUCUACAGUUCCUGGUUCCCAUGCUGCAGGACUUCCCCUCAGACUGCUGGGUCUCACUCAACAAGAUGGUGAAUGACACCUGGUCGGAGCUAUAUUCGUUUGCAGUGUUCAAGGCGAUGAGCCACAUGCUGUGUAUCGGCUACGGUCGGCAGGCCCCGGAGAGCCUGUCUGAUAUCUGGCUCACCAUGCUCAGUAUGAUCGUCGGGGCCACCUGCUAUGCUGUGUUCAUAGGCCAUGCCACAGCACUCAUCCAGUCCCUGGACUCGUCUCGACGACAGUACCAGGAGAAGUACAAACAAGUGGAGCAGUAUAUGUCCUUCCACAAGCUGCCGGCUGACUUCCGACAGAAAAUCCAUGAUUAUUACGAGCACCGGUACCAGGGGAAGAUGUUUGAUGAAGAGAGCAUCCUGGAAGAGCUGAAUGAACCACUCAGAGAGGAAAUUGUCAAUUUCAACUGCCGUAAACUGGUGGCAUCCAUGCCACUGUUCGCCAACGCAGAGCCCAACUUUGUGACAGCCAUGUUGAUCAUGCUCCGCUUCGAGGUCUUCCAGCCCCGUGAUUACAUUAUCAGAGAGGGCACCAUCGGCAAGAAGAUGUACUUUAUCCAGCAUGGAGUCUGUAAUGUCAUCACUAAGGGAACCCUGGGAAUGAAGCUCUCUGAUGGCUCCUACUUUGGAGAGAUCUGUUUGCUGACACGUGGCCGGCGUACUGCCAGUGUUAGAGCGGAGACAUACUGUCGUCUCUACUCCCUGUCUGUGGACAACUUCAAUGAGGUUCUGGAGGAAUACCCCAUGAUGAGACGGGCCUUUGAGACAGUGGCCAUUGACCGACUGGACCGCAUAGGCAAGAAGAACACCAUUCUGAUGCACAAAGUGCAGCACGACCUCAACUCCGGCGUCUUCAACAACCAUGAGAAUGAGAUGAUCCAGGAGAUCGUCAAGUACGACCGUGAGAUGGUCAAACUGGUGGACCUCCAGAGACCCCGCACCAUGUCCAUGACUUCCUCUGUCCCCGGGGGCAUGUUCUCCCCUGCAGGCCCUUCCGGGGCUGGGGCCCUCGCCAGCCUCCAGCAGGCUGUGGCCAUGAGCUUCUGCCCCCAGGGGAUGGGGCCGAUGGGGGGAAUGGGGAUGCCAGGGAUGGGGCUGAUGGGUAUGCCGAUGGGUAUGGGGACUGGGCCGAUGGGGCCAGGUCCGAUGGGGCUGGGGAUGGCGUCUGGUUCGGGGUCAGGGACGCUGCAGUCCCCCCGCAUGUUGCGGAGGUUUCAGGUGGUCCAUAGCCUGUCUCAGAGCCCAGUCUCUGCAUCCCCUCUCCAGUCCCAGCCACCCCAGAUGGCUCAAGCAACAGGGGCGUUUGGGUCGGCUAUCUCCAGCCCAACAGUCCAGAGCCCUCUGACGCACCAGGGACGGACAUUCCAGUACAUGGGAGGAGCAGGGCCCUCUGGGUCUCAGCUGUCCCUGGUGCAGCACCAUGUUCCCAGUCCCACACACACCAUCCAGAGGCCCUCCUUGCACAAGAGCACCCACUCCCUCCACUCGGGCACCCUGAGCCAAGACGCCCGUGCCCUCUCCUCCUCCCAGCUCUCCCUCCCUCAGGAAGGAACCCCUGCUGUCACCCCCAGCCCUCCCCAAUCCACCCACCCAUCCACCCAUGCCUCCUCCACCUCCAUCGGCCCUCCUCAGCCCACUCACCCUAGCCAGCCGGGGCCCUCCGGGGUGGGGGUCCAGGUUGAGGGAAGACCCACGGGAGCUCCACAACGUGUGGCUUUCGCCUCUACUCCUCCCCCGGGAGCACCCGGGAUGGGGGCGGCUGUGGUGGCAGCUGGGUCGGGGAUCCCGGACUCUGGGGUCCCCAACAAGGAUUUGAUCGAUAGCCUACCGGAGUUAGACUCAGCCCGGAGCCGGCUGUCUUCUAACUUGUGACCCUAUGACAGGUGUAGGAUAGAGGCCUUUACGUAGGUGAAUCUAAAACUCUGUCUGAAUGACAGGUUGGCUUCCUUACCGACAUGGCCGACAGAAUACGGGCCACAUUGUCAGUCAUUCAUAAAGAAUGUCUUGUGUGUCGGUCAGAGUCAACAAAGAGGAAAGAGGAACUCUGUGACUCGUGUGAGUCCAAACAAUUAAAUUAGUUUAACAAAGGUUAGACUGGACUGUUCUACUGUGCCAGCACCUUUAUUCUUAGUAGCAUAGCACCCCUUACACUGCUUCCAAACACCUAUAUUGCUGUCUUUACUGUAAAGAUAUCGAGAAAGAAACUGUUGCAUACUGUGUAGAAUCCAUACAGUGCAAUCUAGCAGGAGCUGGACUUAAAAACGAAAAAUCAGGGACUUGAAUCAAAGGACAAUGAUGACAUUUUACGCUUUCAGAACGUGUUUUUGGGUGUCCUUUUUUUCUGUAUACGCUGUCGUAGCAAAAAUAAAUACAUUGCUCUUCACAUUGUUUAAAAUAGUGUUUUAGACCGCUGGUCGAUCUUACAUCGAUAUGUAAAUAGUUGAAAUAGUAAACAAAUGACCGAACGAUAAUAUCUUCAUUGUAUCUAUUCUAAACCAAAGUUGAGCUUGAACACAAAGUUUGGUUGUGUCUGUAUCAACUAAAAAAGAGAUCCAGAAGAAAAUGCCAUUUAUUUAACUGCCUUGAUUCCAAGUUUAGAAGCCAUAAAUUUGGUUUGUGUGUGUGUGUGUGUGUGUGUGUGUGUGUGUGUGUGUGUGUGUGUGUGUGUGUGUGUGUGUGUGUGUGUGUGUGUGUGUGUGAGAGAGUGUGUGGUAUGCAUGUUUUUGGUUCCAUUCUGUUUUUCCAAGAGAGCUGACAUGUGUACUCAUUUCUUUACACUGCCUUGUCAGGCCUGGUUGGUUGGAUUUGCUGGCAAUGGCACAGGCAAUAUUUCACAGCUUUUCUGUUCAGCUAAAUGUGUCUGGGAAGAUAUCCACUUGUCAUGUUGGCAGAAAUAUACAUAUCGUGACACUGGAGGCAAAAAUGGUGGUAAAUUGUCAGCGCUUUAUCAAAAAGUACCAUCGCAAACAACCCAAACUGUAUACUUGCUUGUUUUCAUCCAGGUUUAUUGAUUAAUACAUGCAAUAUAAUUCUGUAAUACACUUACCCCGCCUAUAUGUAUAAACACUCAGUGGCCAGUAUCUUAGGUACACCACCCUGUUCACCAAAAUGGUUCGCUCCUACAGACAGUGAGUCACAUGGCCUUGUUAUAUAAAGCAGGCAGACAGCCAUCGAGGCAUUCAGUUACUGUUUGAUUGAAUGUUAGAAUAGGCAACACAAGUUACCUAAGCUACCUUGAGUGUGGCUUUUCAUGGCACGGCAGUGUCCAGGUUUUUACAGAGAAUGCUGUGACAAAUAAAAAACAUCCAGUCAGCGGCAGUCCUGUGGGCAAAAACAGCUCGUUGAUGAGAGGU